UUCUGUUUGUGAUAAAGGCGACUUGGAAAUGGAGCCACAACAUCCAAGAAACAUGCUUCGACGAUAAUUGGAAAGAGAUUAUUAAUAAUUCACUUUCAAGUUUUCUGCACUAUUGUAUGUAAUAAAUUAUUCUACCAAUGUAUCGUUAUUAUUAUUUGUAUACAAUACGGGUGUGACUACUAAUUUUUUAUCACUAUUUAUUGUUAUUAUUUUAAAAGGGAGAUUUGUAUAGAUACUUGGUUGGAUACGGUCGAAAUUUAUCCGCAAUUGAUGACGUCACACUAACGACAAGCACGGCGAAGAUACGCUUCUCUAUCCGUUGUUUCUAUGGUAUCACCGCCGGACAGAGGGUCAAGGACGGGAUGCUGUUUCGUUACAGUUCUAAAUAUUUGACGUCAAGACGAGUGCCGACUAUCGCUGUCCUUUUCCGCCCGAGCCUCGAAAAAAACUGGACAGGAAUUUUUUAAAAAGACGAGCGGCAACAUCGGCCGAACUGUCUUACGCGUGUUUAACAUGUUCUCGUUCAACGGCCCGGUGAAUUUUGCGCGAUAGCAAUUCUUGGGCCUGCGAGAGUUUAAAAAAAUCGUUUUCAAGGCGUGAUCCGACGCCGGUCAUGCCGUAACUAUGGAGAGCCGGCAGACGUUGAACCUUUAUAUAACGCACGCUGAAAAGGAGGGACCCUUUCUAAAAGUGUGGGGGCAAACCGACAAGAACAAUUCGCUUUACGUGGAACAAUUUCUCCUCAGCGCGGCACAGCAAUUCGACGAGGGCGUCGGAAAGUUGAUCGUGCCGAAUCUGCAGGUCGGCAAGGUGGUGUGCGCGAAAUACAAGGACAACAAGUACUACAGGGUGAAAAUCACUAGCGUCGAAUACUUGAACGAAUGUUUCGUCGAGGUGUUGUUCUUGGAUUACGGUAACAGGGACAUCGUGCCCAGCGAUAACCUGAGAACGAUCGAGCACCCGCUGUCGUUCCUAAAUAUACCGCCCCUUGCGGCGGCGUUCAUAUUCGCCGAGACGCAUUGCCCGGGAGGGGGCGAAUGGAACGAACAGAUCUUCGAAACCGUCACCAAGGAGCUGAAGGGUAGGGAAGUGCAGUGCGUCCUGCUCGGCCAGGCGGCCCAGUACUACUUGGUGAAGCUUUUCCUGAAUGGUACCGACUUGGGGGCGCUUUUUAUCGCGCGGGGGCUGUUGCAGCCUAUCCCGCAGCCGUCGCAGCAGGCCGUCUUGUUAAGCAUGAGCCUGCAAAAGGCGGCGACACCGAUGGUGUCGGCCCCUCCCGAGAUUAACACUUAUAAAGCUUGCUCCUUGGAGCCAGGCCAGCAGUACCCCGUGUACGUGUCAUUCGUCAACGAUGGCCCCACGCACUUUUUCGUUCAGCUGCAGCAGUCGGAACAGACGCUCGCGAAGCUGAUGAAAGAUAUCAACGAACUCAACCUGCGGUUGCUGGACUAUGUGCCCUUGCCCGGCACGGUAUGCCUGGCCAGGUGCCAGGAAGACGGUCACAUUUGCAGGGCCGUGGUCACCAACGAGGUCGACAGUCAGUAUAAGGUGUUCUACGUCGACUUCGGCAACUACGAAACGUUGUCCUUCGACAACCUCUACCAGAUCCCUUUCAAGUACGUGCUGCCGAAAGUGAUGGCGAUCCGCCUCUCUCUCGCCGGCAUCGAGAAGCCGUCGGUCACCGUCGACAUGCUGAUCGCGUUCAAAAAGUUCGUCGAUAACCGUCUCCUCUACAUGACCGUGCUGCCCAGCCAGUUCAAAAAAACGAUCAUACCGCAAUGCGAACUGUGGGACCCGGAGACGAAAACCAGCGCCCUGGACGUCAUCAACAGGGCCGCGUUGCACUCGUAUCCGGAGCCGUUGCAGCUGAGCCGCGGCUUCUCGCAACCCGUACGGGUCAGCUACGUGUUCAGCUGCAAUCGGUUCUUCGUGCAGCUGACGAAUCGAGGGGCGGAGCUGGCGAAGCUGAUGACGGAGCUGCAGCGACAGGCCAGCGGCGAACCGCUCGAUCCGGCCGACGUCAAAAUUGGCCUGCCGUGCUGCGCCCUCUUCGUAGCCGAUGGCCAAUGGUACCGUAGCGAGAUCGUAGACGUCGUAGACAGCGAGAGCGUCAAGGUUCGCUACAUCGACUACGGCAACGAGGAGGCGGUCCCGGUCGCCUACCUCAGGUCGAUCGAAGGCGAGUUGUUGACCGUGCUGAGGCCGCAGGCGAUCGAGUGCUGCCUAAACGGAUACCAAAACAUGGAGCCUGAGAAAAAACGCGACAGCAUCCUCGAGGACCUUGUGCUCGAGCAGACGUUCACGAUGAAGGUGGUCGAGAUGGUCGGCAAGAAGGCGCUCGUCGAGCUGAGCGACGCGUUGCAGUACAACGUGGCGUCGCUGCUGCUCGAGAGGCUCGCGACGGCAAGAUCGCAGGCCAGCCCGUUGCUCGUCCAGACCGGAAGCCGGAUCGAACAUCACCGGAAAACGGACGACGUCGCGGCGCAGAUGGAGCGACGGCCGCCGCCGAGGGAUAACCAGGGCCGCAGGGAAAGGAACGCGGAGGACCAACCCUGGCGUCAGGAUAAAAACGAACGUCGUAACAACAACAACGAGCGACGCGGCCCCAGGGACGGCGAUAGGUUUAGCAGGGGGCGGCGAGACGAUGGCAGCGAACAGGCGACGACCAACGGCGGAGGCGGCGACUGGGGACCGUCGCCGCCGCCUUUCAAACGGCCGAACGGCCGUUACGGACAGAGGGGCGGGGGGCGGCAGCCCGACAAACGUGACGGCUUCAAGAGGCGGGACCAGCGUCGCGACGUCAGUUCGAGCGGCUCGGAGCGGAGUUCCAAUCGAGGACCGAGGACGAGCUCGCGCAACACCGACUACCGCGGGGGCGGCGGAAGGGGCGGCGGCGGCGGGCGAUUCAAGGAUUCGUCGUUCGGCGGCGGCGCCGCUGUCGCCUCCGCAGUCGAAGACUCCUGGAACGUCAGCUCGGUGAGCACGUCGAUCGACGCCGCCCCCUGCGACGCCGUCUACACGACGCUCGACGUCGUCGGCACCGAGGCCGCCGUCACCGUUGCUUGGUUCCACAGCCCCGACCACUUUUACGUGCAGCUGAAAGACGCUCAGGCCGAAUUCCGCGCGCUCAUGGACGAGAUUCACCAGUUCUACCGGGGGCGGAGCCCGGAGGCGUGCCCUACCGGACCUGCGGUCGCCCUCUUUCCCGACGACAACGCGGCCUACCGCGUGCAAAUCUUGGAGACCGCCGCCGGCGGCGGUCCACCUUACCACGUCCGCUACGUCGACUAUGGGAACGAGUCGACCACCGCGAAAGCGUGGCCGAUCGAGAGGCGGUUCAUGGAGUCGCCGGCGUGCGCCGUGCGUUGCGCACUCGCCGGCGUCGUCCCCAACCCCGUAUGGCCCGACGGCGUCGCCUUCCAACACUACUUUCGCGGCGACGAUCGCCUCACGGCCACGUUCCUCUACAAAGACGAUACCAAAACGUACAUCCGGCUCCUAGACGGCGACGGCGUCGACGUCGCCGGUCGCCUCGUUGGCGACGGCCUAGCCGCCGCGCCCGCCGCCGUAGAAAUACCGCUCCUGCUUGGCCAGCAGUUCCGCGUGGUGCUGAAGAGCGUUAACAACCUGGGGGACGUGAUCAUCGCGUUGGAGUGCGACCUCGCGCUCACCUGCAAGGCCCAUAACCUGGAGACGGCGACGGAGACGCGCGAAGACGUUCUCCGCGCUUACGUCGGGCACAAGCUCAUCGUUUACGUGGACGACGUCCUCGAGAACGGAACCCUGGACGUCACCUUCUACGACAAUGACGGCAACAAACUCACGAUUCUCGAGCCGGACGAGGGCGCCGUCGACGUCGUCGAGCCGCUCUGCCCCGCCCCCGUACUCCGUUCCCGUCUCGCGGGCUACGUGUCGCACGCCGACGAGAAGCGCGUCUACCUGCAACCAGCCGAACACGCCGACCUGGUGACCUCCCUACUGGAGAAGAUGUUCGAAACGUACGACGGCGCUCCGUCGGAUCAGAUCCUCCCCGAAGAGGACGCCAUCUACGCGGUCCGUAGCCGAGACACCAAUUGGUAUAGGGGGCGGGUGGUCGCCUGCGACGACGACAGCGCUGACGUCUACUACUUGGACUACGGGAACGGCGAGCGCGUCGUCUUCGCCGACCUGCGCGUCCUGGACGCGCGGUUCCUCGUGCCUCAUAUGCUCUGCGUGCAGAUCGGCCUCACCUCGGGCGAUCCCCGAGCCUACUUGGAGAAAGACGUCGUCGUCGUCGACGUAUCGUACGGAGAGUCCGGCUGGCGGGGCUCCGUAGAGCCGCCGGAAGAAGAUCGACGUCCGGCCGAAGAAACGACGCCGCAGGAGCGGCCAUCUAUCGGCGCCCCCGUCGUAAUCAGUCACGUGGAUAGCCCCAGCGAGUUUUACAUGCAGUUCGCCGACUCGGCCGCCUCCCUGGCGGAGCUGCAGGUCGCGCUCCAGGCGUGCGCGGAAGGGAUGCCCGAGUUGACGAACGUCACCGUGGGCGCGUUGUGCGCCGCUCCGUACUCCGCCGACGGCAGUUGGUACCGGGCGGAGGUGCUCGACGCCGACGACGACAUCACCACCGUGCGUUUCGUCGACUAUGGCAACACCGACGUCAUCGACAACGAGACGACGCGCAUUAGGACUUUACCCGCGGACCUUCUCUCGACCGCGGUGUACGCGACCAGGUGCAGCCUGAAAUUGACACCGGUCGACGGUUCCGAAUGGAGCCAGGCGGCGCUCGAACUCUUCGAGACGCUCGUCGACUCGGCGACGGCGACGUCGGCCGCGUUCCUCGUCCAAGACGAGCGCAACAACUACGUCGAACUGUAUGCGGACGGACGCGACGUCGCCGGGACGCUCGUGGCGGCGGGCCACGCGUCGCCUUGCGACAUCGUCGGCGCCGGUGACGGCAAGUCGCCGUCCACCUGCUUCGUCAGUCACCUGAACUCCCCGUCGGAGUUUUGGGUCCAGGUGGAGAACUGCGUCGACGAGCUCGAAUGGAUCGCCGAGCGGCUCUCGUUGGCCGAGAAAUUUCCCGAACUCGAGGAAACGACACCCGGAACCCUCUGCGCCGCCCUCUUCCCCGACGACGAGAUGUGGUACCGCGCGCGGAUCUUGUCCAAUACGGUCGCCGGUAUCGAACUGCUGUUCGUCGACUACGGCAACUCGUGCAUAAGCGCGAGCCUGCGGCAGCUGCCGGAGGACCUGGUGGCGACGGCGCCCCUCGCGCAGAAAUGCCGCCUCGAACGACCCGACGGAGUGCCGUACUGGACCGCGCAGGCGCAGGAAAAGUUCGCCGAGCUCGCCGCCGACGGUCAGACCGUGUUCGAGAUCAAAAAAAUCGCGACAGGAGAAACGGCCGUUGUCAGGCUGACGCUCGACGGCGACGACAUCGUGUCGAAGCUGCUGCCGGUCACGGAAGAGGGGCGGGUGCUCGAUUUCGUCAGCCUGGACGAGUUCGUCGUCGAAGUGGGGGGGGUUAAGCGCUCGCGCGUUUCCCUCGAACCGAUGCCUGGGUUCGCGUGGGACCGCACCGCCUCCGACAAGUUUAGGAGCCUCUAUCUCGAACGCACCGUGUUUCAAAUCGAGACGAUCGGCGACGCGGCGGUCCGCCUGUACCGCGACGGGCACGACAUCAGGCCCGACCUGGGGGGCGAGCGGAGCGGCCUGAACCUCGCGAACGCUGGCGACACUACACCAGAUUCCGGCAACCAUUCGGCGCCGAAGGCGGACGACGAAGAAGAAGAGCCGCAACGGCCCGAGGCUGAAAGGAAAGAGGAAGACGAAGGUCUCAAGUCGCCUAGGGUUGAAAGGAAGGAGGCACCUGAGGCAUCGCACGGCGAGCGUUUGAAGUCGCCUAGAGCCGAAGAGGAACCUAAGGCGUUUGAAGACGAAGGUGUCGAGUCGCCUAGGGCUGAAGCGUCGGAAAGCGUGGGUUUGAAGUCGCCUUGGGCCGAAAAGGAGGAGGAACCUAAGGCGUUUAAGGGCGAGGGUCUCCAGUCGCCUAGGGCUGAUAUGAAGGAGACGUUGGAAAGCGAGGAUCCGAAAUCGAGCAGGACCAGAGAAGCGGUUGAAGAAAAGAACCCCAAAGCGGAGGAACUGUCAAAGACCAAGAAGAGAGAAGAAGAAGAGGCUAAGGCGCCGCUCGGUGCCGAAGAAACGGAAAGGUCGAGAAGAAAGGUCGAAGAAAAGCGACCCGAGUCGCCGAAUAAGUUAGAAAGCGGGAAGAAGAAUACGAGCGAAGAAGACGCGGACGACACUAUGGAGGGCGAGAAAACGAUCGUGGCCGCCGACGAAAACGAGGCGGCGAGGUCGGUGGAGGCGGCGCCUAGUCGUCCCGCCAGCAGGUUGAGUCACGACGAGAGGAUCGUCCCGGCCGUGGUGUCGAGGCCCCACACCCCGAUCGACGACUCCGAUUGAGAUAAUUUUUAUAUUUGUGUUGUUUUUCCUUUUUCGGGUUUUGGAUAAUCGUCGGGAAAGGGGACAGCGUUGUGUCCUCCGGCGUCGACUUUUAUCGUUUCUCCUCGUCGAGUUUGAGUUCCGUUUGUCUGUUGUUCCCUACGAUACUCGCAUGGUAAUUGUUUUCUUAUUAUACUUAUAUUUGUAUAAUCAUCUUGUUUUAUUUUCCGAUUUUCCUUU